UAGAGAAAAGGAAGUUUGGUAGCUAACAUGGAGGAGACGUACCUGCUGAACUACCCAGGGGUCAAGAAGAAGAUUCUGGCCGGAGGGAAUGGCCCAAUGCCCCACUUUCCACCGGGGACCAAGCUGGUGUUCCACUUCCAGACGCUGUUGGACAACUUUGAGCGCACGGUGAUUGACGACAGUCGUAAAGCCAAAGCCAAAGUGCCAAUGGAGAUCUUUGUGGGGAAGAUGUUCAAGAUGGAGGUGUGGGAGACGCUGCUGACCUCCAUGAGGAUCGGAGAGGUGGCCGAGUUCUGGUGCGAUGCCGUUCACACAGGCUUGUACCCUAUCGUGUCCAAGGGGAUGAGGCUGAUUGCCCAGGGCAAGGACCCCCUAGAGGGCCAGAGGCACACGUGUGGCAUGGGGAACAUGUUCCACUACAACACUACUGGCUGGCCUGAGCUGGAUGAACUGAUGAGGACACCUCAGGCACUGAUCUUCAUCAUGGAGCUAAUUCAGGUGGGAGACCCCUUCUCGUACAAGCGGGAGUCGUGGAUAAUGGACAAGGAUGAGAAGAUGAAGGAAGUGCCCUCGCUCCACCUGCAGGGCAAUGCGCUAGUCAGACAGGGGCACUUCAGAGAGGCUGCCCAGAAGUACCAGGAAGCUGUGGUGCUACUCCGGAUUGUACUGUCCAAGGAGAUGCCAGGUGAUGAGGACUACAUAGCUGUGGACAGGCUCAUCACUCCCCUAGUGUUGAACUACUGCCAGUGCAUGUUGGAGCUGGAGGAGUACUAUGAGGUUCUGGAGCAUACCAGUGACCUGAUACACAAACACAAAGACUGUGUCAAGGCGUACUACAAGAGGGCCAAGGCCCAUGCUGCAGUGUGGAACGAGAAGGAGGCCAAGAGAGACUUCAACAUGGUGGCCAACCUGGACAUCACUCUGGCCCCUCUGGUGCACAAAGAGCUGAGGUUCCUCGCUGAUAGACUGAAGGAGAAAUACUGGGAGGAGAAGGAGAAAUACUGGAACUGCCUGGAGCAAGAGGAGAUAGAGGGGAAGAAAGAGGAAGAUGAGGAGAAGGAAGAUGAAGAGGGCAAGAAAGAGAAGGAUGGUGAGAGCACAGUGACCAAGGUGAAAGAUAAGGAGAAAAGCAAAGAUAACUCAGCCUCUUCCAAAGAGGAAGUGAAAGAGGUCAAGGAUGACAAGCAGAAUGAGACAGGGUGGAAAAAGGCUAUCGAGAAGGAUGGAACAACCAUUACUGCUACAGUGAAGGAUAAGGCAAAAGUGAAGGAUAGAACUGCCAAUCAGGCUACAAUGAAGGAUGAAACAGCCAAUAAGAGGACAGAGAGCACCCCGGAAACCCAGCCAGAGACCAAUCAGAGUGCUCUGUCUGUGAUAGAGGGGAUGGACUGGCAGCAGAAGUUACGACACAUCAUGUUCCUGGAAAAGGAGGGUAACUUCCUGCUUACAGAACAGAAAUACAGCGAGGCCACAACAAAGUUCAAGGAGGCUCUGGAGUACGUGGACUUCAUUCAAAACAAGGAGGUGUGCUAUAAAGACAGGAGGGAGGACUGGGACUCUCUGGAGAAGGUGCGUGUGCCGAUCACUCUCAACCUCAGCCAGUGUCUGCUGGAGCUCAGGGACUACCAGGAAGUGGUGGCGCUCAACACCAAGCUGCUCAAGAAACACCGAGAUAACUUCAAGGCAGUGUACCAGCGGGCCAGAGCCCACUCGGCUCUGUGCAACGAGGAGGAGGCCAGGAAUGACUUCCAGAAGGUGGAGCGUCUGGAGCCCAGGUUCAAGCCCAUCGUCAAUCAGGAGAUGAAGAGGCUGGGCGAGAACCUCCGGAACAAGCACAUCAUCAACAAGAAGAACUACUGGGAAGCUACAGAGGAAAAGUGGGGCCUCGAGGGCACCAAGGCCAAGGCCAAAGCCAGGAAAGUAAAGAAGACAGUGAAGUUUCAAGAGGAGAAAAAAGUAGAGGGGAGCGUUCAGAAAGAAGGGGAAGCAGGGAAGACUGUAAAAGAGGGAGGUAGUGAUGGAGUGAGAGAGGAGAAGAAGCCAGAGGGAAAAGGAGAGGAGGAGAGUGCGGAGAAAGCAGCCAUUGCUGAGAAAGAGGGAGGUAGUGGGGGAGUGGAGAAGGAUAGUGGGAAAAGAAGAGAGAGUGUAGAGGUAGAGAGAGAUGGACAGGCGGGGGUAGUUAACAGAGCAGGAGAUAAAGAGACCGAUAUGGCACAGACCAAUGAAGGCAGAGAUAAUGUAGCCACAGAGAGAUCAGGGAAGGAUAAGGCUGUGAAAAAGGGCAAAUGUCACUUAACUGCCGCCCAGGAAGUAACCAAGGGAAGCACAGGGAACAAAGGCACCAAUGAGAGUACAAGAAGCAGAGCCAUUCAAUCCGAAUCGACCAAUAGGAGUCCAUUAGCCACCGCUGACCUCCCUAACCCACCGGCCACAGAGGUACUUUCAGAGGUAGCUGAGGAGAGAGUCAGGUUAGACACACAGAUCAACAGACCUAACAAAGGAGAGGCAGGGGAAAGCAAAAUUAAUGAAGGGAGUAAAUCAGAGGGAAAGAGUUCUGACGAACAGCUGUGUCCAUCGGAGGGGGCGAGCCACACCAAAUCUGGGGUCUCGACUGGAAAUCCGUCUUUCAAGUCCAAGCGUAAACACAAGAAAAAGAAAUAAAGGAUACUCUGGCAUUGAUAUGAUCAUUAAGUAUCAUGUGAUGAUUCUCAUAAUUAAAUUCAGGAU